UUUCAUGCUGCAUGUGCAUGUUCGCCAUUUUUAUAAGCUUCCCCCCUCACCACCUUCUUCUUCCUAUCCCCUCGAACCCAUGGCUCUCUUCUUCACUCUCUUCGCGUUAUUCUUCUCCGCUGUCGUCGUCGUCCUCACGCGCCGUCGCGGCAAGUGGAAGCGCGUGAAUCUACCUCCCGGUCCUCCGGGAUGGCCGGUCGUCGGAAACCUCUUCCAGUUCGCGCGCUCCGGCAAGCAGUUUUUCGAGUACGCUGAUGAGCUGAGGAAGGUGUACGGUCCGAUUUUCACUCUGAGGAUGGGGAUUCGGACAAUGAUUAUCGUGUCCGACGCGAAUCUCGCCCACGAGGCGUUGAUCCAGAGAGGCGCCCUGUUCGCGACCCGACCCGCCGAGAACCCGACGCGGUCCAUCUUCAGCUGCAACAAGUUCACCGUCAACGCCGCCAUGUACGGACCAGUGUGGAGGUCGCUGCGUCGGAACAUGGUUCAGAACAUGCUGAGCUCGACCCGGCUCAAGGAGUUUGAGUCGGUUCGAAGCUCCGCCAUGGAUACGCUCAUCGACAGGAUCAAAUCGGAGGCUCGCGACAACGGAGGGCCCGUCUGGGUCCUCAAGAACGCGCGAUUCGCCGCGUUCUCGAUCCUCUUGGCCAUGUGCUUCGGUAUCGAGAUGGACGAAGAAUCGAUCGAGAAGAUGGAUCAGAUGAUGAAAACCGUUCUGAUCACCGUCGACCCACGAAUCGACGAUUACCUCCCGAUUCUGGCUCCAUUCUUCUCCAAGGAGAGAAGAAAGGCUCUCCAAGUUCGUCAAGAACAGGUCGAUUUCGUCGUCGGAUUCAUCGAGCGGCGCCGGAGGGCGAUCGAGAAUCCAGGAUCCGACAAAACGGCGGCGUCUUUCUCGUACCUCGACACCCUCUUCGAUCUCAAGAUCGACGGACGGAAAACGACGCCGUCGAACGCGGAGCUCGUGACGCUCUUGUCGGAGUUUCUCAACGGCGGUACGGACACGACGGGGACGGCGAUCGAGUGGGGGAUAGCGCAGCUGAUAUCGAAUCCCCAGAUUCAAUCUCGACUCUACGAUGAGAUCAAAUCGACGGUCGGAGAUCGUCCGGUGGAGGAGAGAGACGUGGAGAAAAUGGUGUUCUUACAAGCCGUCGUGAAGGAGCUUCUCCGGAAACAUCCUCCGACGUAUUUUUCCCUGACCCACGCCGCGACGGAGCCGACGAAGCUCGCCGGAUACGACAUUCCGACCGGAGUCAACGUGGAGUUUUAUCUCCCGGGAAUAAGCGAGGAUCCGAAAUUAUGGUCCGACCCGAAGAAGUUCGACCCGGAUCGGUUCCUGUCGGGUCGUGAGGACGCCGACAUGACGGGAGUCACCGGAGUGAGGAUGAUGCCGUUCGGUCUGGGCCGUCGGAUCUGUCCGGGGCUAGCGAUGGCGACCGUACACGUGUACUUGAUGCUGGCGAGGAUGGUUCAGGAGUUCGAGUGGAGCGCUUAUCCGCCGGGAAGUGAGCUGGAUUACGCCGGGAAGUUGGAGUUCACGGUCGUGAUGAAGAACCCUUUGAGAGCCAUGGUCAAGCACAGAGUCUGAUUUUGUUUUUUAAUUAAAUAAUAUAAUUAGGCGUGUUUAAUUAUUUAAUUAUUGGUUUAUCAUAAUAUGAAGUGUGUUUGUGUGAAAAUGCUUUAUCGCUUUUA